CUCCCACGUGCUCUGCUCCCAACAGCCACUACGAGCCUUGUAUGAGUGCUUGCCCUGCCACAUGUCUGGACCGCCUCGCCCCCGAGAACUGCAGCAAGCCCUGUGUCGAGGGCUGCGCAUGUAACUCUGGAUUCGUGCUCAGCGGAGGCGCCUGCGUGCCAGAGGCCAAGUGCGGCUGUGUGUUCCAGGACAGAUACUACAGUGAAGGAGAGAGCGUUGUGACGGAGAACUGCACGAGCCGGUGUGAGUGUCUGGGGAAUGGCAACAUGACGUGCAGUGAGCUGUCUUGUGGUCCAGAUGAGAUCUGCAAGAUUCAAACUGGCCUACGGGGAUGUUAUCCAGCCGGCACCGCUACCUGCCACAUCUACGGUGACCCCCAUUACACCACCUUUGAUGGGAAACUUCACCACUUCCAGGGUGCCUGCAACUACACUGUGGUGGAGACCUGCGAUAAUGCCUCUGGGAGCUUUAGGGUUACCACCCGAAAUGAACACCGGGGCAGCCCCAGCUGGACAGCCAUUAACUCCGUCGCUCUCACCCUGGAUGGCGUCCACAUUGCACUAGGGAAGAAAGGAAUUGUCUAC